UCAAAUUUUAGUGUUCUAGUAUUCUAUUCUUUAAAUGUUGUUAUGUUAACUUUGUUAAAAUGCCAGUGGAUCUACAUAGGCUCAUCCAAGGAUGGUUGGAAUUAGAAAGCGAUCCUGGUUUGUUUACUUUGCUUUUAGAAGACUUUGGCGUGAAAGGAGUUCAGUUAGAAGAAAUUUAUGACCUUCAAAAACCAUUGGACAGUCCAGUUUAUGGUUUUAUUUUUUUGUUCCGAUGGAUUGAAGAGCGUCGUAGCCGCAGAAAAAUUGUAGACCAAACAGACAUAUUUGUCAAAGAUGAUGAUGCUAUUAACAGCAUAUUUUUUGCGCAGCAAAUGAUACCUAAUAGUUGUGCUACUCAUGCACUGCUGUCUAUUUUGCUAAAUUGUUCAGAUAUACAUCUAGGUGAGACAUUGGGACAUCUUAAGGAACACACUAAAGGUAUGAAUCCAGAAAAUAAAGGAUGGGCUAUUGGAAACACUCCUGAAUUAGCACGAGCACACAAUUCGCAUGCUAUGCCAAAAAGUAGACCACGUAUGGAUAAAACACCAGGGUUAACAACUGGACGGUUUACCGGAGAGGCGUAUCACUUUGUCAGUUAUGUGCCCAUAAAUGGUCAUUUAUAUGAAUUGGACGGGCUGAAACCUUAUCCAAUGGACCAUGGACCUUGGGCUGAAGAUGAAGAUUGGACUGAAAAGUUUAGAAGAGUGAUAAGUGAUCGACUUGGAGCAGCAGCUGAGUAUAGUGAUAUACGGUUUAAUCUGAUGGCUGUUGUUCCGGACAAACGUUUAGCUAUUACCCACAAAUUAAAUAUGCUCAAAACAAAUAGACAAAUUGUAUUAGAAGCUUUACAACAACUUGUAUUAGUAGAUGACUUUGAAAAAAAGAAAAAAAACAAUGAUAAUGAUAAUGAUCAAUCGCCUAGUAAAUGUGUAAAAAAAGACAUUUCACCCAUUCCUGGCACAUCAAAAGACUAUAAUGAAGAAAAGGUGAUAUGA